AUGGAGAAAAGAACAGUGGUUUUUCCUUUUCCUAUAGCACUUUCUUGUCUUUUUAUCUUCUUUGCUGCUUCUUCUUUUUCUUCUGGUAGCCUAGUUUUCAACUUCUAUGCACCUUCAUGCCCAAAUGCUGAGAUUAUUGUAAGAGACACGGUCAGAUCAUUCUGUUCUGAUGAUCCUUCAAUUCCUGGAAAGCUCCUUCGCUUGGUUUUUCAUGAUUGCUUUGUGGAGGGAUGUGAUGCUUCUUUGAUGCUACAAGGGAAUAAUACAGAACGAAGUGAUCCAGGAAACAGGUCUGUUGGAGGAUUUUCAGUUAUAGAAUCAGCAAAAAGAGUCCUUGAAUUCCUUUGUCCAGGAACAGUUUCUUGUGCUGACAUAAUUGCAUUGGCUGCUAGAGAUGCUGUUGGAAUUGUUGGUGGUCCUGUGGUUCUAAUUCCAACAGGUAGAAGAGAUGGGAGGGUUUCCCUUGCUUCAAAUGUCAGACCCAACAUUGUGGACACAAGUUUUACAAUGGAUGAGAUGAUUAACCGCUUUUCAAGUAAAGGGUUGUCUUUAUUUGACCUUGUCAUCCUUUCAGGAGCUCACACCAUAGGAACAUCUCAUUGUAACUCAUUUAGGGACAGGUUCCAAGAAGAUUCAAAGGGGAAACUGACACUCAUUGACAAGGCUCUUGACAGUAGCUAUGCUGAAGAGCUAAUGAAAGAGUGUCCCUUAAGUGCAAGUCCAUCUGUGCAAGUUAACAAUGAUCCUGAAACAUCUAUGGUCUUUGACAACCAGUACUAUAAAAAUCUUAUGAUGAACAAGGGGUUGUUAAAGUCUGAUUCUGUUUUGUUAAGUGAUAAUAGAACAAGUAAAUUAGUGGAGGACUUGGCAAAUGAUCAAGAGUUUUUCUUUGAAAAUUGGGGCCAAUCUUUCUUGAAGCUCACUAGUCUUGGAGUCAAAACAGGUGAUGAGGGUGAAAUUCGAAUUUCUUGUGCAUCAACUAAUGCAUAA